GGGUGGUUAGCUGUACGGAAACAAAUCUAUUUAUGUUAUAUUUGUUGCCGGCUCCCACUUGUAAAUGGGGGUUCCAUUUAAACUGGUGGUUUUCAGUGAGUGAGAUAUAUCAAGAGGAAUUGUUUCUGUGCUACGUUGUUCUGGUGGUUGUGUAACUGUUACGACUUGGGAAUCUGGUAAAUAUACCUGUGUCCACUGGCGCAGUGAAGCGGAUAGUAAAGAAAACAGGAAGGAGCGCUGCGAAGUGGUGACGAACUGUGGGAUUUCUAGAGAAGAGUAUUCUGAGAAAGAGAAAGUGGCAGACCUCCAUGGAAGACCCGCAAGACAUAAAUGAGCACUCAGUUAAGAAAGCACGUGUAGAAUCAGAUGUUUCAGAACCACAUAAUCCCAGGUCUAUGGAAAUGCAGGACCUAGCAAGUCCUCACAACCGUAUUGGCAGUGAUACUCCUGGUGGUUCCAAAUUGGACAAAUCUAACCUCAGUAGCAACUCCAUCACUUCAAAUGGAACUGGGGGAGAGAACAUGACUGUUCUAAACACUGCAGACUGGUUACUGAGCUGUAGCAGUCCUUCCUCAGCAACAAUGUCGCUUCUCGCAGUCAAAACUGAGCCAUUGAAUAGCAGUGAAGCAGUCACAACAUCAGGUGAUGGAUCACUUGACUCUUACUCUGGGUCAGUAAUAACAAGUAGCGGCUACAGUCCGAGACCUGCACAUCAAUAUUCCUCUCAGAUAUACCCUUCCAAGCCAUAUCCGCAUAUUAUUUCUACACCAGGGGCACAAACAAUGACAGCUUAUGCAGGACAGACGCAGUAUUCAGGAAUGCAGCAGCCAGCAGUGUAUUCAGCCUACCCACAGCCAGCUCAACCGUACAGUUUACCUACUUAUGAUUUAGGUGUGAUGCUGCCAGGCAUCAAGACAGAAGGAGGACUUCCACAGACUCAGUCACCCUUGCAAACUGGAUGUCUUAGUUAUAGUCCAGGCUUUUCUACACCUCAGCCAGGCCAAACUCCUUAUUCCUAUCAAAUGCCAGGUUCUAGUUUUACAUCAUCAUCCGGUAUUUAUUCAAGCAACAACUCCAUAUCCAAUUCAACAAAUUUCAGUACUUCACAGCAGGAUUAUCCUUCCUAUACAGCUUUCGGCCAAAAUCAAUAUGCACAGUAUUAUCCGGCAUCAACAUAUGGAGCAUAUAUGACAAACAAUAGUGUUGAUGGCUCAUCAUCUGUAGCAACAUAUCAACUACAGGAACCUCUUCCUGGCCUCACAAGUCAACCCAGCGAUCUUCAUCCAGGAGAGUUUGAUACAGUGCAGAGUCCCUCAACUCCAAUCAAGGAUCUUGAUGAAAGAACGUGUAGGAGUUCUGGAUCAAAGUCGCGGGGAAGGGGUAGAAAGAAUAAUCCGUCACCACUCCCUGACAGUGAUUUGGAGCGUGUGUUUGUUUGGGACUUGGAUGAAACCAUCAUUAUUUUUCACUCCCUGCUGACAGGAUCUUAUGCACAGAAGUAUGGCAAGGACCCUCCAAUGGCCGUGACACUCGGGCUUCGAAUGGAAGAAAUGAUAUUUAACCUUGCAGACACUCAUUUAUUUUUUAAUGAUUUAGAAGAAUGUGAUCAGGUUCAUAUAGAUGACGUUUCUUCUGAUGAUAAUGGACAAGACUUAAGUACCUAUAGUUUUGCAACUGAUGGCUUCCAUGCAGCUGCAACUAGUGCAAACCUCUGUUUGCCAACAGGUGUGAGAGGAGGUGUAGACUGGAUGAGGAAGCUGGCUUUCCGCUACAGACGAGUAAAAGAGUUGUAUAAUACUUACAAAAACAAUGUUGGAGGCCUUCUUGGUCCUGCAAAAAGAGACACAUGGCUGCAGCUCAGAGCAGAGAUAGAAGCUCUUACAGACUCCUGGCUGACAAAUGCACUUAAAUCUCUUUCAAUCAUCAGUUCCAGGAGCAAUUGUGUUAAUGUAUUGGUAACUACUACACAGCUCAUACCAGCACUUGCUAAAGUCCUACUGUAUAGCCUUGGGAGUGCUUUUCCCAUUGAAAACAUAUACAGCGCAACAAAAAUAGGGAAGGAAAGUUGCUUUGAACGAAUAAUGCAAAGGUUUGGCAGAAAAGUAGUAUAUGUUGUAAUUGGGGAUGGUGUAGAAGAAGAACAGGCAGCCAAAAAGCACAACAUGCCUUUUUGGAGGAUAUCAAGUCAUUCAGACCUGUUGGCUCUACACCAAGCACUGGAACUGGAGUACUUAUAACUGUCAUAGAGUUGGAAAACUUUUUUAUAUAUUUAAAAAGUACACUGAAUUUUUAUGCAAUUCAGCACCUCUGACUUAAACUUAUUAAUUGUCUUAAAGAGGAGAAGAAAACAGAUUUGGAAUACAGAUUCCAGAAUUUUAAGAAGGAUCUGAACUGUGGAAAGAAGCCUGAAUGGUUAAUGCAACAUAAAGAAGUCCGAUGGUCUUACAGUAUAUAUGCAACCUUUUUUUAUUAAUGAGCUAAUAUUAAAAGAAGUUGCCUGUACACAACAUCUGAGCCCUGCCCUGACUUAUGCUGAACAGCUUUAAUAGAGGACCUAUUUGUUCCCCUAGCACAUGACAGCACCAGUAUCAUUUUUCUUCCAUCUCGUUUGAUGGUCAGUAACAUUCCUCAUUGUGGGAUAUACAUAUAUAGUCUCAGCAGAGGUUUUUAAAGUCCUAUACAUACAUCUACCUAGCCCAGCAAAAGCUGCAUUAGAAAUGCACUCAGACUGUAUGCUGACAAUCAUGUAUCUCGGACCUCCAGUUUUUGUAAAUUAUUGACAGUAAAUAGUUUACUGUGACUUCAGUAGCUGCUGCCUCUGGAAGUUGGAUGCAGUAUUUUAUUUUAUUAUUAUUGUUUUGUUUUGUUCUGUGGAGGGCGGGGUUUAUUGAGUUUUUUUUUUUUGUAAGUUUGACAAUCAGAAUGUGCAUAAUGAUGUGUUGUGCCUUACAAAAAAAGUGUUUUGUGUGUUAAAUUGUAAUGUUGGUUAAGAAAGUGUAGGUAAAAUAAAUUCUCUGUGAUCAUUUUUGAAAUGAGACAUGACCAAAUCUCACAGCUAACAAUAUGCAGCUUUGCCCUGGAUCAUGGAAAACUGUCACAAUACCAAAAUGGCACAUAUACAGAAUAAUAAAGGAAAGUUUGCUCUUUUACUUGGGAUUCAGUAUGGUAUUGCUAACUGUUACUGCUAACAGUGUACUACAUUGAACAUAACCAUUUAAAGUAAAGUAAAAAAGACUUUUCAUUUUUACCUUAUUGCAGGCUGGUUUGAUCAUCCCCACUGCUGUCACAUGAGUUACUCUUUCACUAUUCUUUUAUUUUUCCUUACAUUUAAGGUGUUUAUUAAAUGGAGAACAUUUGAUGUCGAACUUGUGCUGCAAACAACAACAACAAAAAAGUGAAAGAGAAAACAAGAUUCAGAAUUUGGUGAAACUUUUUAGUUUCUUGAAAGACAGCAAUAAAACUGGUUCUAGCUGUGAAAGUAUAAUGUGCUGUAAAAUGCGUGCCAGAAGGUACUUGGUUAUUUCUCUGGUAAAGUAAACUGUAAGAAUAAAUAUUACAUUGAUUAUU